AUGGAUGGAUUCGGGGGAGCACCCAGGUUCCUGGCCUACCCGCGCACUUUCACAGUGCAAAACGGCGCUGACGCCGUCCUGAAGUGCCAGAUCGCGGGCGACCCCCGUCCCAACAUCCUCUGGGAGAAGGACCGGAUGCCCAUUGAGCCGUCGGGCCGCUUCCACGUGGAGGCCAAGGGCAACGUGUACAGCCUGCUGGUGUCCCGAGUGACCCCGGAGGACAGUGGGCUCUACGUCUGCAAGGCCAAGAACAAUGUCGGCGAGACCUAUGCCGCUGCCACGCUCAGAGUGGAGGCCGCGGAGCCCCUGGAGGAAGGGGACCCUGAGGACAAGGCACCCGUCUUCCUGGUCAGACCUUCGUCGAUGCGGGUGUGCCGGGGGGAGGACGUGACGUUCACGUGCAGGGUGGCAGGGCAGCCCUGCCCGGCGCUGCACUGGGAGAAGGAUGGGCACAAGCUCUCUGACCUAUUUGAGAGCAGCCACUUCUCGGUGGGGAAGGAGCCUGAGGACUGGCAUUUCCUGAAGCUCUUCAGCGCUCGGCCCCCGGACAGCGGGGUCUAUGUGUGCCGGGCGCGGAGCGGCUCCUGGGAAGCCCUGGCAGCAGCUGUGCUCCUGGUGGAGCCCCAGGCACCGGGGCUGCUGGAUGAGGAAUGCCACGGGUCGCCCAGGAACGGCCCGGAGCAGCCGGGGGAGCAGCAGCAGCGCCGCCGGCGUGCAGCACCGCAGAGCAGCGUGCCCGAGGCCUGGGCGCUGCCCAACGGCGAGGUGCCCGCCGGUGCGCCGGGCGCCAAGGCGUUCGCUGUGAGCGCGGGGAAGCAUGCCAAGUUCCGCUGCUUCGUGACCGGCAAGCCCAAGCCCGAGAUCGUCUGGAAGAAGGACGGGAAGCCGGUCGCCCCGGGGCGCAGGCACCUCAUCUACGAGGACAGGGAGGGCUACUUCAUCCUCAAGGUGCUGUACUGCAAGCCCCAGGACCAAGGGCUGUACAUCUGCACUGCCUCCAACACGGCUGGGCAGACCCUCAGCGCUGUGCAGCUCCAGGUGAAGGAGCACCGCAUGCGCUUCCAGGUGCCGCUGGCGGAUGUGGAGGUGCAGGAGCGGGAGGAUGCCGUGCUGGAGUGCCACGUGCCCCUGGAGAGCAUCCCCACCACCUGGUACCUGGAGGACAAGGAGCUCCAGCCCAGCCACAAGUACGUCAUGGAGCAGCAAGGCGUGCUGCGGCGCCUGACCAUCCGCGACGCCUGCACUGACGACGACGGCGUCUACCUCUGCCAGAUGAAGGACAAGGGGCGCAGCAUUGCUGAGGUCUCCGUUCGAGGGAUGAUCGUAAAGAGGUUGCCACGGAAGCUGGAUGUCAUGGAGGGGGAGAACGCGGCUUUCUGUGUGGAGACACGGGAGGCGGUGAAGGGGAUCUGCUGGAGCCGCAACGGGCAGGAGCUGCAGGAGUCGUCCCGCACCGUGCUGAAGAGCUUCGGCAGGACUCACCUCCUGGUGCUGGUGCACGUCACCCGCGAGGAGGCGGGCGUCAUCUCCUUUGCUGUUGGGGAGUCUCAGACAUCCUCCCAGCUCCGGGUCAAGUGUGUGAAGCGGGACCCUCCGAGCAGCCCGGUGGCAGCCAGGAUGAGCACGGAGCACAGCAACGCGGCGCUGCUGACGUGGUGCCCCGCGCCCGACGUGCACCACCGCCCCGCCAGCAGCUACGUGCUGGAGCGGCGGGAGCUCAGCAGCAGCGAGUGGGUGCACUGCCUCACCACCGACCUGGCCAGCCUGGUGGAGGUGCUGGGCGACAGCGUGCCCUGCGAGGCCGACUACCGUUUCCGCGUCUGCGCUGUCAACAAGUAUGGCAGGAGCGGGCCUGUGGAAUUCCCCGGCUCCGUGCAUCUCGUCCCAGCAGCUCGCCUGGAGAGAGGCCUGCAGGACGCGCGGGUGCGGGACGGCGAGGAUGCCCACUUCUCCCUGGAGCUCUCUGCCUCAGUGCGGGGCACUUGGUUCCUGAACGGCGCGAGGCUGGGCGACGAAGAGGGGGCCGGCGGCCGGUACUGUGUGCAGCACUGCAAAACAGAGCACUCCUUGCUGAUCCGGGGAGUGCGGCUGGAGGAGAGCGGAGCCCAGGUCACCUUUGUGUCCAGUGGCAUUCGGGACUCAGCUACGCUGCAGGUGCAAGCCCCGCAGGCGCACAUCGCCCCGGUGCCCGAGGCCCAGCGCCUCCGGACGGGUCUGCCCGUGCCCCUGGAGGGCGAUGUGUCCCCGCCGGGCGCUCCCGUCCGCUGGCUCAAGGACGGCGAGGCUGUGCCCCUGGACGACGUUAUUGCGGUGCAGGAGGAGGGCUGCGUGCGGAGGCUGCUUGUGCGCUCGGCCGCUCCCUCGGACAGUGGCAUAUACACGUGUGACGCUGGGGACGAAGCAGUGAGCUUCGUGGUGACGGUGACGGAACCGCCGGUGCAGAUCGUCAGCUCCAACGAGGAUGCCCGGCACCCGCACACGGGCGGGGAGCGCGUGGCGCUGUGGUGCCAGGGUUCCCCGCCGGGCGCCCCCGUGUGCUGGCUCAAGGACGGCGAGGCUGUGGUCCCAGACGAGGCCCUUGCUGUCCAGUCAGAGGGGUGCACACGGAGGCUGAUCAUCCACUCGGUGAGGCUGUCGGAAGCGGGGACGUACACUUGCGAGGCCGGGGACGCUGCUGCAAGCUUUGCUGUGACCGUGAGCGAGCCGCCAGUGCGGAUCGUCAGCUCCAACGAGGAGGCCCCUCAUGCACACACGGCCGGGGAACGCGUGGUGCUGUGGUGCGAGCUGUCACGCGCAGGCGCCCCGGUGCACUGGUACAAGGACGGGCUGGAGGUGGAGGAGGGCGAGAGCCUCGUGCUGGAGCGCGAGGGGCCGCGAUGCCGGCUGGUGCUGCCCUGCGCCCGGCCCCAGGACACGGGGGAGUUCAUCUGCAAUGCUGGAGACACUUCUGCCUCCUACAACAUCAUGGUCUCAUUCUCACCCCUGGCAGAGCCACGUGUGAGGAUCCUGCACCCACUGCAGCGCUCGCUGGUGCUGCCAGUGCUGACCCUGGCUCGUGUGGAGCUGCGCUGCGAACUCUCCGUGCCGGACGCUCCCGUGCGCUGGUUCAAGGACGGGCUGGAGGUGGACCAGAGCAACAACCUGCUGCUGCUGGCAGAGGGGGCCCAGCGCUGCCUUGUCAUCCCAAAGGCCAGCGUGGAGGAUGCGGGCGAGUACAUCUGCGAGAGCAGGGAUGAGGCCGUCUCCUUCGACGUCCAGGUGUCAGAGCUGCCCGUGAAGAUCCUGCAGCCGCGGAGACCUCCCCCCGUUGUGAAGGUCUCCCCAGGGGAGACGGUGACCCUGGCCUGCGAGCUGUCCCGUGCGGAUGCGCCCGUGCACUGGACCAAGGAGGGCGUCAGGCUGGAGGCGGGCGGCAGCCUGGUGCUGGAGGAGGAGGGUGCCCAGCGGCGCCUGCUCAUCCCCGCCGCCCGAGCGGAGCACUCUGGAAAAUACGUCUGCGACGCCACCGAUGACACAGUGACCUUCACCGUCCACGUGUCGGACCCACCAGUCAGGAUCCUGGAGAGGGAUGCUCUACCGACCCGCCGGCACUGCCGAGCCCUGGAGGACCUGGUGCUGGCAGUGCAGCUCUCACAUGCCCAUGGGGAGGUGAAGUGGUACAAGGAUGGGGAGAAGCUGCAGGACACGGGGCGCGUGCGGCUGGAGGAGGACGGGGCACGCCGCUCGCUCGUCAUCCUGGGCACCACGCGCAGAGAUGCGGGCGAGUACCUCUGCGACACUCGAGAUGACAGCGUCAUCUUCUGUGUCACUGUGGAAGGUGAGCACCCUGCUCUCCGGCCUCCAGAACCGCCAGUGACCAUCGUGGGGAACACAGGUGCCAUGGAGCAUCGCUGCCUGGUGGCUGGCGAGGACCUGGUGCUGGCCUGCAAGCUGUCCCGGCCCGAUGCCACCGUGCGCUGGCUCCGGGAUGGCCAGGAGGUGCAGCCCAGCGAGCGGGUCCGUGUUGAGGCCCGGGGGGCACUCCGGGAGCUCACCGUCCUUGGGGUGCAGCUGAGUGACUCGGGGUCCUACAUCUGCGACGCUGCCAGUGACCGCAUGGUGACGAGCGUGGAGGUGUCAGAGCUGCUGGUGAAGUUCCUGCGGGGCCUGGCGGACGUGCACGCGCACGAGGGCGAGACGGUGGUGCUGUGGUGCGAGCUGUGCAAGGCCAAGGGCGACGUGGUGUGGCUGAAGGAUGGGCGCCGGCUGAGCCCCGGCGCACGGCGGCAGAUCAAGGCGGAGGGGCGAGAGCGCUCGCUGGUGCUGAGCAAUGUGGAGCCCCAGGACGCCGGUGAAUACUCCUGCGAGUCCAAUGACGACCGGACGCUGGCGACGCUGACGGUGCAGGUCCCCAGGGUGGUGGAGAUCAUCGCGGAGCUGCACAACCUCACGGUGCUGGAGGGGGAGGACGCCACCUUCAAGUGCGUGGUGUCCCCUGAAGACGUGGCCCUGACGUGGCAGCUCAACGGCCAGGCUGUGGCGCCCUGUGAGCGGCUAGUGCCGGACGCGUGCCGGGAGGUGGAGGUGAGCCACGAGGCCGCUGAGGUGCAGUGGAUGAAGCAGGGCGUCCUCCUCCAGCCCGGCGGCAAGUACGAGCUGCAGGAGUCGGGGCGCCGGCGCACGCUCACCAUCCGCAGCCUCAGCCCCUCCGACCGCGGCACCUACCGCUGCGAGACCCUGCACGACCGCACGCAGGCCAAGCUGUGCGUGGAGCCUCGCAAGGUGUCAAUCCAGACCCCACUAGCAGACGUGGAGACCUUUGAGAAGGAGACAGCCACCUUCCACCUGGAGCUGUCUCAUGCCGGCGUGCCUGGCGUCUGGACGCGGGACGGCAUCCGGGUGAAGCCCAGCAGCACAUGCCGGAUCAGCGCUGCAGGCUGCGCACACAGCCUCACGCUGCAGCGGCUCACGCUGGAGGACUCGGGCACCGUCACCUUCACUGCCAACACCCUGCGCUGCAGCGCCCGUCUGCUCGUGCGGGAGCCACCAGUCACUAUGGUGAAGGUCCCACGGGACGUCGGGGUGCUGGAGACGGGGGCUGCCAGCUUCGAGUGCGAGCUGUCCCGCCCUGGCGCCGAGGUGAAGUGGUACAAGGAUGGGACGGAGCUGCGGCCCGGGCCCCGCUGCCGCAUCUACUCGGCGGGCCGGCGCCGGCUCCUGCAGCUCAGCAGCUGCGAGCUGGCUGAUGCCGGCGUCUACAGCUGCGAUGCGGGCGACUGCCAGGCCUCGGCCACCCUGCAUGUCCACGAGCGCCAGGUCUGCAUUGUGCAGGAGCUGCAGGACGCCUGUGUGCGGGAGGAUGAGAACGCCGUCUUCACGUGCGAGGUGUCGCACGGGGAUGUAAAGGGCGAGUGGUUCCGGGAUGGCGAGAAAAUCAAGGUCACCAGCACAGUGAAAAUACGGCAAGAAGGGACCAAGCAUUUCCUGCUCAUGUGCGGCGUGCGCCCCGAGGACGCGGGGCUCAUCCGCUUUGAGGCCAAGAUGGCUGUCUCGCAGGCAAACCUGCGGGUUGAAGCACUGCCCAUCCGCAUCGUGAAGCCGCUGCGGGACAAGACGGUGCUGGCGCGGCACAAGGCCACACUGGAGUGCACAGUGUCGCACGCCCGGGGCCGCGUGCGCUGGUUUCGCGGGGACACCGAGAUCUUCGCCGGCGACAAGUACGAGAUCUGCAACCUGGACUGCUACCGCACGCUCAUCAUCCACCACGUGGGCCCCGAGGACGAGGACUCGUACACCUGCGACGCCUUCGAUGACCGCUCCACCGCGCGCCUCCUCGUGGAGGGUGAGGGAGUUAGGAGCAUUGAGGCAGUGGCCAGAGGCUGGACAGAAGGUGGGACCAGCCUGGUCUGCACAGCGUUUGCCCCAGCAGCAGCCCUAGCUCAGCCCAGGAAAAGUGGGGAGCAAGACAAGCUGCUCUGUGGGCAGGGAGGUGCUUUCGGCAGAGAUGGGAACUAG